GGAGCUGUCUCACACCAUCUCCUUGUCCCCGUUGCUGUGGGCUCUGACUAAUGUUAACACCACCAGCAGCGUGUGUGGGGAGCAGACAGUGCUCCCGGCCAGCUCCCUGAUCCUGCCAGAGCAUCUGCCCCAGGCUCAGAGCCGCUCCACAGGCAUCAUGAGGAGUGUCCCGCUGUUUGCAGUUAUCCUGGCCCUCAGCUUGGCUCGGAGUUUUGGGGCGGUCUGUGAGGAGUCAGAGGAACAGGGGGUGCCUGGUGAGAGCCACAGCAAGAAGGACUCGAAUCUCUACCAGCUGCCCCCCUCGUUGCUCCGGAGACUCUAUGACAGCCGCUCAGUCUCCCUGGAUGGAUUGCUCAAAAUGCUGAGCAAGGCUAGCGUGGGUCCUAAGGAGUCGUCACUUCCCCAGAAACGUGACAUGCAUGACUUCUUUGUGGGUCUCAUGGGCAAGAGGAACAUCCAGCCAGACACUCCUAUUGAUAUGAACCAAGAGAACGUCCCCAGCUUUGGCACCUUCAAGUAUCCCUCGAACGUGGAAUGAGCACUCCACUUCUGGACUCCUGGGCUGCAUCGUGAAGACACCUGUCACCCUCUCCCAAUCCCCAGGUGCACGCACUCCUAUUUCCCUUCCUCUCCCACAUCCUUGUAACACUCUUGUGCUUUGACCCCUUCUCCAACCCUCUACCCCACCCGCUGUAGAAACUGCCUAGUGAGCCUCCCCAGUCCCUGCAGGCAUUGACUAUAGAUUGCCCUGGAGUUUCUGUAGCAUCCUAAAAAUAUGAUGUCUCUCUCCACACCUCAACAAUAAAGGAUUUUUACAUAUUAUGACCUA